AUGAUCGAUAUGCACACCUUCAAAUAUAAUUCGUCACGUGUUCCCAAUGGGAAGCUAUUAGGAAUUCCAGUAGGAAAGCGAAGUAUGGUUAAACAAACUGCGAAGGGAGUUGAUGCGAAGAUACUCAAAAAACAACUUUGCAUUCAAAAGGAUAAGGAAAAAUUGAAAAAUCUGGUUGACAGAUUACGAACGUUGGGAGAAAGAAGCACUUUUCAUGGUGUGGAUGUUUUGUUGGAAUCAAGACCCGGAUGGCCAAGGCAACUCGUUUGGGUGAUCGUCUCCAUUAUGAUUCAUUAG